AUGCGUGCUUCCAAUGUCCUCUUCCUCGUAGCCUCCGCCGCGCCCCUGGCACUCGCAGCUCCGGUCAUUACGUCUCCAGCAGCAGGAGCUUCAGUUCCAGGAGCAGCAGCGUUAACGGUAAAAUGGGCAGAUGAUGCGGUGGCUCCGUUGAGCUCGACUAUGGGCACUUGUACUGUACAAUUGAUGGCUGGAUCCAAUACAGUUAAUCAGGCAAUUGUGGCAGCACUAGCCCCAGUUGCAGUCGGUCUUGGAACAGCAUCAGUUCCCGUUACGGCAGCAGUCUCUGGAUCUGCGCCAAAUGCAUACUUCAUUUCGAUGUUGUGCAACGGAGCGACAGGAGGAACUUAUCAAACAUUCUCUAGCCAUUUCACCCUCACAGGAAUGACCGGAGCAUUCCCUGCGGCAGUCCUCGCUGCUGCAUCAGCAGUUACCGUCACUACACCUCCAGCAGUCAUCAACAAACUCGCGACUGCGCCGGUAGCUGCUCCUGGAGCUCCUGGAGCUGAGGAUCCAGCUAUGUUUACCGUCCCAUUCAAUCUCCAAUCAGGAACAAUUAGAUAUGCUCCUAUGCAGCCGGUUCCUCCAACUGCUAUCACUGCUACGAAUACGGCUCCUCUCUACCCAACUUCUGCUGUUCAAUUCGCCGUUACCGCCUUACCUAUUGCGUCAAUUGCGACGACGUACACACAGGCUGCUACAUUUAGCGUCGCUUCCCAUCCUAACUCGGCGGCCGCUGCAUCAUCACCGGUAAACGACAUGCAGAGAUUCUUGAACCGAUGGAAGGAUUAG